CAUUGGUUCAUCCAGGCCAAUGUACUGUCAUUUGGACUCAUUCUACCAAGGGGACCGGUAGCCACGCGGUUGAACUCCUCCCGAGAGGAGACAGCGGCCAACACUGCAGCAGGCGGAAAGCACACUAAAAGAACGAUGGGCUCCUCAGGACGAGGCUGGCCUUUGCUGACACUUGCAUUUCUGCUGUGGCUUCAUCACACCUCAUGUUUCUGGAUCCUCAAUGUUGUCUUCCCUCCCAAUUCCAACGCUCAAAACCAUAGCGGCAUCACACCUCCGCUCAUCAUUGUUCCAGGAAACUUGGGGAACCGUCUGGAAGCUAAGAUAAACAAGCCACAGCUGGUCCACUGGAUGUGCUACAAGAAAACAGAUCACUGGUUCCCCUUGUGGAUUGACCUCAACAUGUUCAUGCCUAUUGGUGUGGACUGCUGGAUCGAUAACAUUAGACUUGUUUACAACAGGACAUCAAGACGGUCAUUCAACUCGCCAGGUGUGCAAGUGCGGGUGCCAGGGUUUGGACAAACCUAUCCCAUUGAGUUUCUUGACAAUAACAAAUUGGCCGGUUAUUUUUACACUAUGGUGCAGCAUUUAGUCAAUAUUGGCUACACCCGAAACGAGACUGUCCGAGGGGCACCGUAUGAUUGGAGGUUAACUCCUAAUGAGAAUGCAGAGUAUCUCAUAAAGUUGCAGGAGUUGGUUGAACAGAUGUACGAGCAGUACCAGGAGCCUGUUUACUUGCUGGGGCACAGCAUGGGCUGCCACUACGUCCUCUACUUCCUCAACCAUCAGCCUCAGGCCUGGAAGGACAAGUACAUUCGGGGCUUCAUUUCCCUGGCGGCUCCAUGGGGGGGCGCUGUUAAAGUACUGAGAGUCAUAGCAUCAGGGGAAAAUGACGGCAUCCCAAUGAUUUCCAACAUCAAGAUCCGGGAGGAGCAAAGGAAGGCGACAACAAAUCCCUGGAUGCUGCCAACAGAGAAGGCGUGGCCAAAGGAGCACAUCUUCUUAUCUACACCAAAGUUCAACUACACCAGACAGGACUACCAGCGCUUCUUCAAAGACAUAAAUUUUGAGGAUGGAUGGUACAUGUGGGAAGACACGAAGAACCUCACUGCUGAUCUGCACCCGCCCGGUGUUGAGGUGUGGUGUAUGUACGGCGUCGGGCUACCUACUCCAGUGACCAAUAUUUACGACGACGGGUAUCCCAACGCAGACCCUGUCGACUAUGUUUACGACGACGGGGAUGACACCGUGGGCAGCCGAAGCACGAGUCUCUGCAAAAACUGGUCGGGCCAGCAGGAGAAGCCUGUGCAUGUUACAGAAUACAGGGGGCUGCCACACCUUGAUAUUGUAUUCAAUGAAAAAGUGCUCAAUCAAAUACAGCAAAUAUUAGAGGGGAAAUCGGAGCUACCCAACGAAGUUGAUGUAAGGUCUGGGCAGAUAUAGCAAACAACAGCAUUUUGAAUUGGAUUAAAAAGCACAUGCAGCAAAUAAGUUGUGUAAGCCUGACCCCAAGUUUAUAAACAUGAUCCCUAUUUGUAAACUAUGUACUUUGAAGGAGAGAUUCUUUUUUUUUCAAGAUGAUAAUUUUGUAGUUCAUAAAGAUGUUGUGUUGCCUAGCUUUUUAGUGGUUAUGGUGGAUUUUUGAUUUGCUUGUAAUAAUAGAUUUUGUUGUAAAACUGACCGAAGGUAACAAGAGGCAUCCAAUGUUAUUGCCCUGCACCAAUACAUCCAUCCACAGUAAA